GUUUUGAUCACCGUUUCGCCAAUAGCUGUUUUGUAGAUUCGAUACAUGUACAUAUGUAGUAUGUAAAGCAAGCGCAAUCGUACGUAUAAGCACUGCGGACUCCUGAUAGCGCGGUAGUACCGUACGCAAAUUGAGUGCGUGUGUGACUUCCCUCGUUGGAGAAAUGUCGUCGGCACUCGUGGCCGCGAAAUAAACGACGAAACAUGUCCGGACCGAUAGUCAGUCGUGCGCAGACACCCGGCGGUGAUGUUCAAAUAGGUGCAACUGUGGGCUGUGUAGUUUGUAAUAGGACUGACAAGCUGUUAAGGUGUUCGAGAUGCAAGGCCGUCUUCUAUUGCACCAAAGAACACCAGAGGCGGGAUUGGAAACGUCAUAAAGAAUUUUGUGCGACUCAUUCCGUGCAAUCGAUCGUAUCAGAUACAGUUUCAACCGCUAAUCAAAAUUCCACUCUGCAAUCUGCCAAGAAGGAUUCUUCCCUUAGGAACUGCCAGAUUUCAACUGUACCAGUGGUUUCUAACCUAAGCAAGAAGUCAGUGUUGGAAACAACGCGAGAAUCGAACGCUGCUCCAGAAGUGCAUCAUAACACAAAACACCUUGGAGGAAUUAGCAAACAGACAGAAAAAGGAAAGGGACAAUUAGAACAUAAAGAAAGCCAAAAUCCUAAGAGGAAAUCAAAUAGUACUAAGACAAAAGGUACUCGUACCAGCAGAGUUGAUGGAUGGACUUCUCCAAUAACGUAUGAAGGAAGUUCUGAAGACACAAUCCUAUGUGCUGAAACAGAAUCAUUGAAUCCUGCCCUAGAAACCUCAAGAAUUCUUGAUAACCUAGAAGACAAUGAAUUAGAUAUGCCUAUACAACAUCAUAACGGUAUGAAGAAUUUCCCAGAGGUUCGUUUGACUUGUGAAGAAGAACUUCUACCACCUUUUCUCCAUAAAAAUAAAAAUAAUCGUGAAGAAAUAAUAGAUGAUAUAAGCAAAGAUGUGAUUAAAGACAUGGAUGAAUAUGGUAUGUGUGUGGUAGACAAUUUUCUAGGAGCAGAGAAAGGUUUUGCAGUGUUAAACGAAGUUUUAAAUAUGUACAGUGCUGGAUUAUUUAUGGAUGGACAGUUGGUUUCUAAUAAAGCAGGUGCAAAAGACAUAAAGACUAUACGUGGUGAUAAAAUAACGUGGCUAGAUGGAAAAGAAAAACAAUGUCAGAAUAUUGGAAUGCUCAUAUCCCAAGUAGAUGCCGUCAUUAUGAGGGCAAAUAAGAUGUGUAACAAUGGGAAAAUGGGAAACUACACAAUCAAUGGAAGAACAAAGGCGAUGGUGGCUUGUUACCCUGGUUACGGUUCGCAUUACGUGAAACACGUGGACAACCCUAAUCGAGAUGGACGGUGCAUUACCGCUAUAUACUAUCUUAACCGAGAUUGGGAUAUCAAGAAAAACGGCGGCCUCUUGAGGAUAUUUCCAGAAGGUUGGCGCGAUCAAGUGGCGGAUAUCGAACCUCUCUUCGACAGAAUACUGUUCUUUUGGUCCGACAGAAGAAAUCCACACGAGGUACAGCCAGCAUACAAAACCAGAUAUGCAAUCACUCUGUGGUACUUCGAUGCCGACGAAAGGAAUGAAGCUUGCCGAAGAUAUCAAAGAGAACUAGCAUUACACACGAAGAAAGAGAAUUCGUGAGACAUGGAGUCUAAAGGACCGUUACACCGUCCGUUGACUGAAAUUGUAACUCAACUAGCUAAACUUAUACACCUGUACAUAGUUACACGAAAAAAGCACUAGUACAUAAACUAUUAUGUAUUAUUCUGUAUUAUGAUGUAGUCGAGAUUGCAGGAGGUACGGAUGUUGGAGUAUAUAAAGAUUUAAGGAUGUGCAAUAGAUGUAAGCGCGUUCUUCUUUUUUUAUAUGGCGGCACUGUAAUAUAUUUCGAUGAGUAAGUGCGCGUAGCUCUUACAAUUCACAAUUAUACAUAUUAAUUAUUAAUCUCCGUUUUUUCUAACACUCUAACGCUCACACACUCUAAUCGAACGUUUGAGAAAUAAAAGUUUAACAUUCGCUUGCCACAAUUGAAGAUUUGUUCGUUAUAUCGACACGAUACUUAGCUUCCAAUAUUUGGAGCACUAACAAAAAUUCUUGUAGCACUCGCAAUUUAUAUACGAUUGCUGAAAUUAUAUAGUGUACAGAGAGGACGAGAGUGCAUAUAUAUGUGUGUUAGGAUGAGAGUGAAUGUUUUUGUGUGAUAGAG